AUUUGUGGGUGUAGUUCAGUAUCGCUUCAAGUGUCAGCGCAUUAAUGCGCGGAUGUUAUUAUUUUUAUAGAAUUAUUAUGGAAAAGGAGAAUUAUUUUACCACGUUCAUGAUCAUAUUAGUUAUUCCGUGGUCCUUACAAGCCACUACCUCACUGACUGGUACUAAAAAGAAGGAUCCAAUUAAAGACUGUACACGAGAAAUGAAGAACAAAUCGGAAAUGUGCCAGAAUACAACACAAAUCCAAGCGCCGCUUGUUAAUCAAACGGUUACGGCUAAGCCAAAGUUGACGGAGUUUCAAAUAGAUGCCCACAAGACGAUCAGCAUCAGCAAGGAUGAUCUCAAUGACCUGUUGGACGUUUAUAUGGCCAAGUUGGCUGAAAACGCAGCAACCAUUCAGGACAAGGAGAAUGAAAUCAGUCAGCUACAGUCCAGGGAUAAAUCGGAUGAUGAUCAAUUAAAAAAGUAUCAGGAGCUAUCGGAAACAUGCAAGACUCAAAAUAUAUCAUUCACAGCCACAUUAGCCGAAAGAGACGAACAGAUUAAGAGCUUGGAAUCUAAGACCAGCACAUACGGAGCGAGAUUAAAACGAAAACAACAUUUGUUAGGUCUGUAUAAAAAACAAAACGAAUCCGACGCGGCAACGAUAAGCGAAUUGAAAGCUAGGGUAAAAGCUUUGGAAUACAGGCUCAGAGAAAGAAAAGAUGACCUACUCGCCGACUGGGAGGCGGCAACAAACAGUUGUCUCCCCUAUGGCAAAUCCGCCGGAAUUCAUUUGAUACAACUGCCCGACUUUCGACCAUUUUUGGUGCCUUGCGACGGACUCACUGCAGCGGGCGCCGGCUGGACGGUUAUCCAGCGACGCUUUGACGGAUCUGUCAACUUCUAUCGCAAUUGGGUGGAGUACCGCAAUGGGUUUGGCAAAUUGAAUGGAGAGUUCUUCAUCGGCUUGGAAAAACUGCACAGAUUGACCACGUUUCAGGCACACGAACUAUAUAUUUCGCUGCGUCUAUUUAAUGGCACUCGACGAUUUGCCUUGUACGAUGACUUUAUUAUCGGCAGCGAGAAGGAAGGCUACGAAAUGAAAUUGCUGGGCAAUUUUCAUGGCAAUGCCAGCGAUGCAAUGCGCACACACGACAAAAUGAAAUUCUCAACCUAUGAUAGGGAUCACGACGAGUUCACGCACAUCAAUUGCGCUGAAUACCAUCAUGGGGCUUGGUGGUACGACUUUUGCUCCCGCAGCAAUCUGAAUGGUAAAUACUUCAAAAAGCAAAUGGACAAUGAACAAGGUAUUUUCUGGGAUCGCUGGUAUAGCUUCAAGUCCCUAAAGUCGGUACAAAUGCUCAUCAGGCCAAAGAACGCGCACAACAAUUAAUAACCUAAGGCUUUUAAUUUACUUUUAUACAAUAUAUCCGAUAUUGCUGAAUUAAGAUAUCUGAAUCUCUAUAUCGCGCCGACAGAUACAGAUAAGCCUCAAGUCAUUUCCACGCCCAUUUUUUUUGUAUCUCAUUUCGUUUCAUUGCAUUGCCCUGGUGCUUGUGCUCAUUGACACACAAGUCAAUGAUGCAAUUAAUUUUAUUUCAACAAUUUAGACAAAUCAUAUUUGGCGUGUGCAUUAUUCAGAUGUAAAAUAGACAGAUAGCAUCGAAAGCUUGUACAUUCCAGUGAAUGGCAUUAAAAAGCAACGAUAAUGAAUAUCUCACUUCGUUGUCAUCGAAAAAGUAAUAUUCAUGAAAUUAUUUAAAAUUACAACGAAUACUUAAUUGCUUUAUUAAGUAUCACUUUUAUAUAUGUAUAUCUGUAUCGUUUGGCCCAAAGCAGGUCGUUUUCAUUAGUUUUUAUUUUCAUGUUAAUAAUAAAUUAUUGCAAUGAUAUUGGGAUGUAAUUGUUAAAAUUACUUCUUUUUAAGCAUAAUGAAAACGA